CAAACCAGAUGCUUUGCCAUCCUCAGAAGCGUAACUUUGUACAUAUUUCAUCUCUAUUUCUGCACACAAAAAUAGUUAACUGUUAAAAGAUAAUGUUUGCCGCUCCGGGUAUAUGUGCAAUAUCCACACGAAUUAUCAAUGGAUAUUAUGUUUUCCCAAGUUCGUCAUUUCGUGACAGUGACACCAGCAACAAAAGUGAGGCUACAUACAUUCAUCUAACUGGGGGCAGAAGGCAAAAUGAGAUAUGUGGAAAGUUAAAGAUCACUCAACAAAUUGGGGACAAACUCUGUAAAACUGUCAGUAACCAGUGGCCACAUUAUGCGCUCGUGGUAGAAUUACAAGGACAACUCACAACCACAAACUCAUUAGGAGCACGGUGUCAAAUUCCAUUACCGCAACUUGUACCAGAAGAAAAUUCAGAACUUAUCUGCAAUUCGAAAAUUUUUACAUUGGUAUCCGGAGAAGAAAAUGGACUCAAGAAACAACUCGACUUGAAAGAAUGUCCUCGUUCCUGCCUGGUCCGAAACCCUGCCACGUUUCCAUUCAAGCUUCAACUUCCCGAAAAUCAUGACCAGCUCCCAUCCACCAUCCAAUGUCCAAACAUCUUCAUCGAGUACUUCCUGGUCGCAUAUCUCCGGACGGAACAUGGCUACGAAGAAGUUGAUAAGAGAGCUUUACAGCGAUUUCGGGGGCACAAUUUGGUCCCAAAAUUCCCAUCAAUCAGUGAAUCCGUCAGUUGGACCACCUCGACCAAAGCAGUCACAAUAGUUGGCACCUCACCCCAGAAAUUUUACAGGCUUUGGAUCAAACAACCUUUUCUGUUCAAUGUGACGCUUACAUUUGGACAAAUUUUUGAAGGGAGCAUCUCCGUGAAAUGUAUUGUCUCAAUCAUACAAAGGAUUUCGCUGGGAGGGGCGAAACUCAGAGAGACCGUCAUCGCUGCAAAAUCUGAAUCCAAACAAAUAAAAAGAUUGAGCUUGACAUUUUGUGGGAAGCUACACGAAGCAAGCUACAGCAUUGGAGACGAUGAUAAAAUGCUGCUUGCAUCAUUCAAUCAAAAUGAGGAAGGAUUGAAAAUCCAGCAUUAUUUGAAGUUCAGCGUCGUCUUUCCCGUGGAUUUUUCUGACUCGUUAUCCAACUUGGAAGGAGAAGAAGAGAUUUUUGUCGGAACUGGAACACUUGCGGGUGACAAGGUGCCAAGGGACCAGGCCAAGGGGGCAGGCUUGUUCUCAAGAAUGCGGUCACAAUCAGUGUCAUCUCUCCUUUCUCUCUUCCCUCCGUCAUACUCUCGUGUUCCAUCUCGUCGAGCUUCACUAACCUCGCUGGAAACAUUGCCUCCUCACUAUGACGACAUAUUGAAAGAGACGACCUAGCUGAUACAAGGAGCUCGACAGCUUAACAUGUCAAAUGUACAUAUGCAUCUAUUGUUCGCAGCGUCACUUGUAUCAUAAAAAAUAGACACAUCCUUCUAUAAAUUUAAAUCUGGGAGAUCACAAUUAUGUAUUUGCGGUUUCUUGACAUAAUUUGAAAACCUUGUUUGAAUUCCACAUCGUAACCUCAAUGUCCUCACUGUCUUGUCCAACUUCUCACGAAAAAUGUAUACUUAUGAGUGUACAAAUUAACAGUAUUCAUACUUUCUUUGGAAUAAACUCUUUUCUAAAACCCUA